ACGUGUCCUGUGCCUCCAACUCACUCUUCAAGAAUGCUCCCGUUCAAAGCGGCGCCCGGUCAGUUCGGCCCAGAGAUCCGCGAGCCGGGCCUGCGGGUGUGGAGGGUGGAGAAGAUGAAGGCCGUGCCCUUGGAUCCUUCCGAGGUGGGGGCCUUUUUCAACGGGGACUCCUACCUGGUGCUGGAGAACCGCGGGCAGCUGGGAGCCGACCUCCACAUGUGGAUAGGCGAGAAGUCGUCCAGGGACGAGCAGGUGGCGUGCGCCAUGCUGGCCACCCAGCUGGACAACUUUCUGAGCGGUGACCCCGUUCAGCACCGGCAGAUCCAGGGCUACGAGUCCCCGGAGUUCAUGGCCCUCUUCCCCAGAGGGGUCAGCUACAAGGCGGGUGGCGUGGAAUCGGGCUUCAGGAAGACCCAGGGCUCCGGGGCGGUGCAGAGGUUGUACCAGAUCAAAGGGAAACGCAACAUCCGCGCCAAGGAGGUGGCUAUGUCCUGGAGUAGCUUCAACAAAGGGGACUGCUUCAUCCUCGACCUCGGAGAGACCAUCGUGUCGUGGAUCGGGUCGCAGGCCAACAUCUUCGAGAAGCAGAAGGUGCGUGAGAUCGCCUCGCUCAUCCGUGACACGGACCGGCACGGCAAGGCUCGCAUCGUGGACAGCAGCGAGGGGGACGAGCCCGAGGAGAUGCUGAAGGUCCUGGGUCAGAUGCCCCAGCUGCCCGAGAGCACGCCAGAGGACGACCAGGAGGCCGACGCUUCCAACUCGGCGUCCCUCUAUAAGGUGUCCGACGCCACGGGCGCCAUGACGACGACCAAGGUGUCCGACAAGAGCCCGUUCGCGAAGGACCUGCUGGCUCGUGACGACUGCUUCAUUCUGGACAACGGCGCCAACGGGAAGGUCUUCGUCUGGAAAGGACACGGAGCGAACGCCGAGGAGAAGCAGGUGGCCCUGCGGAUGGCCGAUGCCUUCAUUGAACAAAUGAAGUACCCAAGGAUGAAAACACAGGUGGAGAUCCUUCCUCAGGGGAAGGAGACCAUCAUCUUCAAGCAGUUCUUCAAGAACUGGAACUGAAGGCGUUGGUGGGAACAUUUGACAAAAUCCUGCAAGCGAGGAAAAGCUGAUUAUCUGAAAUCCGACAGCAUCUGAUGUUUUUUUUUUUUUUUGUUGUUUUUUUAAUAUGCAUUGACUUGUAUGUACAUAUUUGUAAGGUACCAUGCUGAAAGAGCACACUUUAUCUGGUAGAAUAAGAGCUGUGAUGCCACUUUUAUAAAUACAAACAAGUUCCCUCUGCUGGGUUAAGGAUUAUAAAUUGAAUGAGUUUGGAUUCUUUUUGCCCUUUUUUUUUUACAUUUGUUCUUUACAGUGUUGCAGAUUUUCCCGCAUCGGACAAUAAAUCUGAAACUGCUUGCUAAAGGACUCGUUUCUUCCUUUCAUAUUCUUCCUUUCAGGAAGUUUGCUUUGUGACGCAUUCAACCACAGCAACGCCAAAGAAAAAGGAUUUUUGCACAGCGUUGCUGGAACCCACGCCCUCCGUUGCCAUGGCUAUGUGAAUAUGACUUCCCAUGAACCAUAAUGCAUAACGACGACGUCACAGCCCGGUGUAAUCAGUGCAGGAAUGGUGUCAAGGUUUACUCUAACGGGGUUGUGUUAUGUUAUCCCAAAUAUGACUCAUUAUGAAACGACCAAAAGACAUGAUUUAAGUCUAAAUAUGAGAUUUUAUAUCAGUACUCCAUUUGUUUUUAACCAGUAUUUCAAAUGAUGUUAUGUUAGAAUAUAUAUCAAACGCCUCAUCGAAACUUAUCACAGUUCUUUUUGUAUCACAUAUCUUUGAUUUUGAACACGAUACAUCAGUUUUUCCUCUGUGUACAGAAAAACAAUUGUACAAAAGGAUUAAAAAAAUGAAAAUAAAUGGAAUAGAACCUAUGCAAAUAUGGAAAUAAAGCA